AUGAAAACAAAAGGCAGAUUAUUGUUAUACAUAAAUUAUGCAAAAUAUGCGAUAAAGGCAUGCUUUAAGAUUAUUAUAAAUCAUAUAAAAGACAUACGAGAAGAAAUAAAUGUAAAAUCAUUUAGCAAAUACAAAUAUAAUUUUCUUUUUGAAUUCAUUGGUUCAUUUAUUUUUGUUUUUUUAAUAUCUGUUUAUAUGUUAAAUUCUAAUCAAAAUGAAGAAUAUAUAAUUAAACACCUUAAUCAAAUUAACCCUUACAAAAAAAAUGAUAUAUUUAUAAAUGAAGUCAAUAUACACAAUAAUGAUAUCAACGGGUCUGAAGAUAUCAGAAAUGCUAGUGGCAUCAAAAAUAUAAAUUCCAUAAAUGAUGUAAAAAUGUAUGAGGCAAGGGCAUUGUUGAAUCAAGGAAAUAAACAAUUAAAAGAACAAAAUGACACAAUCUUUGAAAAAAAUAAAAUUAAUAAUACCGAAAAAAUAGAGAAUAGUAUAAGUGAGGAAAAAGAACAAACAAUCCCAAAUACCAAUGAAGAUAGUACAACUAUUGUUAAUGAUAAUAAAAGGGAAGAGGAUGAAGUUACCAAUAUUGGCGAAAAAAAUGACAAAAUAAAUGAAGCCGCAUAUAUAAUUUCUCUCCCCAAAGAUUCUAAUAAAGAAAAACUCACGAAAGACAUCGAUGAAGUAAUAUUUAAAGAUAAAGUAAACGAAUAUAGCAAAAUAAAAUUAGAUGAUAUUAAUAAUAUGGAUUUAAAAAAAUUCGAUGACAUAAAGAUAUUAAAAGAUAGUAGCAAUAAAAAUAAUAGUAACCAUGCAAUAUAUUCCUUUUUUGGAUGUUUAAUAUAUGUAUUAUUUAUUAUACUUGGAGCGCACAUAAAUCCUGCAUAUACAUAUGCCUUAUGGCUAAUUGAACCACAAAAAUAUGGAUUUGUAAUUACAACAUUAUAUGCUACUUUUCAAUAUAUCGGUGGAAUACUAGCUAGUAUUUUAUGUGCCCAUAUAUAUGGGAGUAUAUUCAUUUAUUCUUUAUUACCAAGAAAACAUAUUAUGAAAACUUUUUUAUGUGAGUUUGUAUCAACAUUUUUAUUAACAAUAUUAUUACUAAGCUUUUAUAAUUAUAAAAAAUUAUUUAAGGAAGAAAAUCAAAAUGAAGAAGAGUUUUCUUUUAACAAAGAAAAAAUAAAAAAUAUGUCAUCGUUAUACUCAUCACAUUCCUUUGAAGAUAUUUACGAAUAUGAUAUAUUUAGUACAUAUAGCACCAACAGCACUAAUAACAAUAAAUAUAAAAAGUUAUUUAUUUAUUUUGAUAAUAAAUAUAUAAAAUAUAUAAUAAAUCAUAUAUUUUACUUAUUAUUUAUUUUCUUCUCGCUAUUAUUUUUUGUUUUUGUCACAAAUACCACAUUAAACCCAAUGUUUUCUACUUCUACUUUAUGCACAUAUUUAUAUUUUAAAUAUGUCCAAUCUAAUAAUUCUUUUAAUUUCUUCUCGAUAUUCUUCUCGUUUUUAAGUUUGGGAAAAAUAAUACAAAUAAUAAUUUUCUAUAUCAAGUCUCUGCCUCUAUGGAUUGGGCCAUAUGCUGGAUCAGCUUGUGCGACAUUUUUUAUGAAGCUCUUUAAAGAUAACAAUGAAGAAAUCGUUAAUGUAAUUGAUACUAAUGUAUACAGCCAUAAUCGAACAAAGGAAAAAAUGCCUUUGAUAAAUACAAAUAAUAUGAACCAUAAUGCAUAUCUUGAAGAAUACAACGAUCAUAUUUGUUAUAAUUCAAAUAAUUAUUUAAACUAUAAAAUUUUUUAA